AUGGAGCUCAAUGCGACCACUCGCGCUCUCUCUCAACCGCACAUUGUGCAGGCCAUCUGCAACGAGCUGCCCGACGACAGUCUUGCCGUCGCAGCUUGCAUCAACCACGACUUCUUCGUCUUUGCGACCGAGACGAAAUGGAACACAGAGCCGCCUCUCUGGGCUCUCCAGCAGCGCGUCCAGCUGAGCCGGCGGCAGCUGUACGCCUCCAAGGUGCGCAGCUUGGCCCUGGACGACAUGGCUAUGAGGAAAUAUCUCCACGCAUGUCGCAAGGUGCACUUUAGCGGUAUGAAGAAGCUGAUCCUCGAGCGGUACGGCGUUGAAUGGGUCAGCGACGACAGCAAGAUGAACUAUGGCUUUAUGCACCUGUACCUUCCCGAGCAGCUCGAAGCCCUAGUGCUGAGCGAGUGCAGCCCGACCAACCCGCUGCUUGGCGCAUUGGCGGAGAGAUGCCAUCGCCUUCGCUCGCUGCGACUCCCGGCUUACGCUCCCAGGUUCGAUUUUGAGGCGCUGGCCGCACUCAUGGCCGCCAACCCUCUGCUCGAAGAGCUGGACCUGCAUCCCCGCAUCUUCAGAAUCCGAGAAGUGUUGCCCACGCCGCUACUGCUGCAGUGCGCUCGCCAGAGGAAUCUGCGCUCCAUCAGGCUCCCCAGCACAAUGCAGGCGUCUGCGGAACAAUUUCGGCGGAUCGAGGCUGAAAUCUCAGAGCCCUUCCCGGCCCUGCAAAAACUGGCUUGGGCUGAUCUGCCCUCGAUCGCUCUCCCUUUGCUCAGCAAGUGGUGUCGCAACAUGUCUGAACUUCUCAUCAGUAUUCAUGACAAGGACGUGCCGGUUCUGGAGGCACUUUCUAACAUGACAAAACUCAAACAGGCGCGGCUUCAUGUCCCUCAGGAGAUGACAAUGUCCAGAUCGGAAAUCAUGGCAUUGACCUCGCUGCAACGACUCGAAGACUUUAGCUACACGGUGUACUCGUCGCGCAUGUCCACGACCGAGUUCUCUCUCACAGCAAACGAAUUCGAGAAAUGGAUUGCCCACUUCCCGGCCUUGAGGGAGUUCGAGAUGGAGGUGGACGUGCGACUGCCGCGUGGUUACGACAGCGCCCUGGCUACCCUCGCCCGCUGCUGUCCUCAUAUAGAGCGGCUCAAGUGGCCAACCCAUAUAGACUUUUCCGAGCUUGAUCUCGAGUCGCUGAGCACGCCUCUGUUUCCCAAUCUCCAGUUUCUUACCGUGUCAUUCGCGGCCACGGAUGUGUACGAAGAGAAAUUCCCCUAUAACUAUUCAAAGGAAGAGGUGGUCAAGGUCCUGUGCCAUCAUUUCCCCAAGCUUUUCCGAUUUACCAUACAGUCCCCAGAUGGAUGCGAGGGCGUCGAGAUCAUCAGAAAGGCGUUUCGCACCUACGAGGACAAGAAUACUCCCAAGAACUGGGAUCCCUGGGCUUGA